AGAGAGAGCGUGAUCUUCCAGAAAGCAGUCUACUGCUUUGUUCAUCUGAGCAUUCAGGAGUUUCUGGCUGCAGUCUACAUGUUCCACUGCUUCACCAGCAGGAACACACAGGUGGUGCAGAACUUCCUGGGAUAUAAAUACAGUGAAACAUCUCUGGAUGAGUUCCUGAAGAAAAUCAUGGAUAAAUCCCUCAGAAGUAAAAAUGGCCACCUGGACCUGUUUGCUCGCUUCCUUCAUGGCCUCUCUGUGGAGUCCAACCAGAGACUCUUAGGAGGCCUGCUGGGUCAGACAGAGAACAGUCCAGGAACCAUCCAGAGAGUCAUCAACAACCUGAAGGAGAUAAACACUGAUGAUGACAGUGAUGAUGAAGGUGAUGAUUAUAGAAUCUCUCCUGACAGAAACAUCAACAUCUUCCACUGUCUGAUGGAGAUGAAGGACCUCUCAGUUUAUCAGGAGAUCCAACAGUUCCUGAAAUCAGAGAACAGAUCAGAGAAGCUCUCAGAGAUCCAGUGCUCAGCUCUGGCCUACAUGCUGCAGAUGUCAGAGGAGGUUCUGGAUGAGUUGGACCUGGAGAAGUACAACACAUCAGAAUUAGGACGACAGAGACUGGUUCCAGCUGUGAGGAACUGCAGAAAGGCUCG